GCACCCCCCAGGUACGGGGGGGGAUUGGGGGGGGGGGACGGGGACCCCCGGCGCCCCCCAGCCGCCCCCGAUGCCCUGGGACGUCAUCGACAGCAUCCGCGAGGGCGACAACAGCACCGAGGCCCGCCUGCUGGAGCUGUGCCGCAGCCUGGGCGCGCUGCGGGCGCGGGAGCUGUCGCUGGCGGUGGGGGAGGCCGAGGCCGUGGACGCGGGGCCGGUGGCCGCCGCCUUCCUGCGGAGCUGGGACCAGAGCGAGCGCUUCCUCGUCGUCCUGAACCCCGGGGGGCAGCCCCUCCCCCACGUGGCCCUGCAGGACCCCUCCCUCCCCCCCCAGGCCACGCUGCGCCUCAGCACCCACCGCCCCCUCCCCGAGGAUCCCCAGGUCAGCCUGGCGGACCUCGACCUCCUGCCCUACGAGGGGCUGCUCCUCAGCUUCCCCUACGCCCCAUAGCACCCGCCCUGCCCCACGGCCGCCGUGGGGCAGCAGGAACCAGGGCACGGCCCCCCAGCACCCACAAAUGGAUGGACCCCCCCACCCCUUCCCCAGCCACCACAGGGCAGGGUGAUGCCCCCCACCACCCCCCCCCAGCACCCACAAAUGGAUCGACCCCCCCAACCCCCACAGGAGAGGCGCCCUUCCCCCCCCCCCCCCCGAGCACCCAUGAGUGGGGGGACCCAGAACCCAACCCCUUCCCCCUGCUUUUUGGGGGGCAGGGUCACACAACUCCCCCCGCCCGGGACCCAUUUUGGGGGUGCCCCCCCCAUUCCCAUGGGGUUUGGGGGGGGGGGGGUGUCCCUUCUCUCCCCCACCUUGGGGGGGUAACACUCCGGUUUGGGGGAGCCCCCUCAGCCCUGGGGGGGUUUCGGGGUUCCCCCCCCUCAAACACUGAAUAAAGCAGCUGCAUUUUGUG